AUGAACCAAUACUAUUGUUUGUUGCUCUUGCUUCUGUCCAGUCUGUUGGGUAUUGUACAAGGCCAAACACAAACAUCACCAGCACAACAACAAGAAGAAGAUGUCAUCAAAGUGGUGGAACUGGGGGUGUCCAAUUUUCAAGAUGUCCUUCAAUCCCAAGAAUGGACAUGCGUCUUACUGUACGAUCCCUGGGACGAACGAUCCACUUACGAACACACGUUGAUAUUGGAGGGGAUCUACGACAAGUUUGUUCACCGCUAUAAGCAUCAAAACGACGUGACAUUUGCCCGUCUCAAUGGCCGAAAGCAUUCGCUCUUGCGAGAAGAAUAUUUGGGAUUUCGUGGCGGCGGUGAACUCGGUCCCGACGAUGGCAGUCACAAUCCAUUUGCCCGCGAUUAUCACGAUUCGUUAGAAGGCAAUGCCAAUGCCAUUCUGGCCAUGACCAAUGAAACCUUUUUGGAUUUUUCGUUGGGCACGCCCUAUUGGCCUCAUUCGUUGCUCUUGUUGGCACCUAGUUACAAUGUCUAUGGACAAGUCGAUUUGAAUUUGGUCACAGGCGCCAUUCCACUUCGCAUUGCCAUUUUGGAUCGAUGGCUUGUUGUGGCCACACAAGAUGAUUGGCGAUUCAUGCCGCCUCUGAUUACGACAAAGGCCAAUAUCGAAUUGGAAAUGAAUCACGAAGCACUUCAUCAUUCCGACAAUUCCUUUCCGUUUGACAAGUAUCGACAAGAACAGCAACAACAAGCAGCACUACAGAAAACGACACAAGCACAAAAUACUAGUACGACUACUUCACCUACACAACCAGACCAAACACCACAAUCCAUAGACCAAACACAACAACAACAACAGCAACAACAACAAUCAUCAGUGCCGACACGACGAGAACAAUUGAGACUCUUGUUGGAAAAUCACGCCAAGGACGAUGGAAAAAUCAGCAACAAUUAUUAUUUCACGUAUAAAAAAGCCGCCACGAUCAAAAUCAAAAAUUCCGAUCAUUACCUCGAUACACUGGGAGCCGUCAUUGACGAAUACCUGGCAUGGGCGGAAGGAUACGAACGUACAUGGUCACCGGCACGACGUGCUCGAGAAGAUGAACAAACCAAUUUUGGUGUUUACUUUUCACAAAUGAAUGAUGAAAUACAUCAACUCAUCGAGGAACUGUUCCAUGACGACGAAACUACAACCAAUGAUCCUCGACUUGCGGAGCGAAUGCGCAUCAAUCCCGAGAUUGCCGCCAAAAUGGAGGUACCCGUGCUCCUGAAAAGUUAUCUCCGUGAAAUGGUAUUUGGAUCGGGACGUUUCCCGUCCACUCUGAAACAGCAGUUCGUGGACCAUCUCCAGUCUUCCCUCGGAGAGACGGCCGCGGAUCGACGGCGCAAUCGAUACGAUGCCAACAUUACAUUGCCCUUGGUAGAUGCCCUGCGAGAUUACAUUACCGUACGGGCCAUGGUCGAAGCCGAACCUCAUCGAUCGUCUAUAUUACUGGCGGAACUCACUACGGGAUGGUACAAUAUUCUCCGCGAUUUUCAUCGACAUCUCAGCAAGUACUAUUUGAGUUAUUUGAAAAAACAUCCUCGCGACAGUAACAAAAUUCCGUAUCGAACCAUGGAUGUCCUCGACAUGAAGGAUCCCGAAGAUUAUCAUCUGUUGGGCGAUUACAAUGCCUUUCAUGACAAAUAUACCCGCACGGGAACUCCCGUCGUUCUAUCCCAUGUGCAAAUGAUCGUGACAGACGACCUGCCCGAUUUCAAAAAUGUAACCAUUGACUAUAUCGUCCAGGAAUGUCGCUCCAUGGAUGUCACGGAUUCCGUUCAAGUCAGUCGCAAGGUGGGAGAAAAGGCGGCCGCCACGGGGUGGGGAGGAUUGGGCCGAUUUGUCUUGCCCAAUUCGUUGUUGAAUUCUGAGCGUCGGAAACCACGCAAUAUGAAUGGCCAGCACUAUUUCGAAGAAGAUUUUUUUGGUCAAGACCAACCGCGACUGGACGUCGAGGCGGAAGACUUUGUGCGCAAGAGCAAAACAGACAAACCCGACAACAGCAAGCACAACAAAAAGGACCGCUUUGAUCGGUCAUUGACCAUGGAACAAUUUGCCAUUCUGGCCGAGGAAGUGGACACGUUGUAUCUACACGACAAGACUUUGCCGGGAUAUUGCGAUCGAUUGCUCUACGAUGAGACUCCGUACAGUAAGAAACAAAAGUUUCAGAUACCAAUGGUCAUUGGGGGAUACGAUAUGGCCCAGCGCUUGUCCCAAAGCUUCUAUGCCAACUCGUGGCCGUCGCUGUUUAUGGGAAAGAAGGGAUCCAAUUCAAAACUACACAUUGAUUCGGGGGCCACUGCAUUCUUCAUGUACUUGAUUUCGGGUCGGAAACGAUGGAUUGUGUACAAUCGGUCGGAACGCGUCCAUGCCUACGAGCGCAUCGACGACUUUACGACCUACCCGGAUGUGCUGGCUACGGGAAAGGACCCAGAGUUUGAUGAGUUCCUCAGUGAUCGUUUCCCGUUGCUGCAUCGAGCCGAAGAAGCCUACGAAUUCAUUCAAGAGCCAGGCCAGCUUGUGUACAUUCCUCCCAGUUGUCCUCAUGCCGUGGAGAACUUGGACGAUACCGUUGGAUUGGCCAUGAAUCUGGUUCCUCGAGACGGGAUUGCAAACCAUCUCCAUGAACAAAUCCAGAGCACAGGCUUCAGUACGGUUGAUUUGGUCAUGACCUAUCUCAUGUUCGAAGACAAUGCAGACAAGCCCGUCGACACCAAGGAUCCUCUCUACACGACAUGGGCAGAGUACAAGGCACAAAACUAG